GCACUGGCAUUUGUCACCUUCUCCUCUUUCUUCUCCACCUUCCCAAGCUUCCCUUAAUCUCCUCCCCAUCAUCCACCACAACCCCAACACAGGAAUGGGCACACACCUCUACCACCAUCACAACACCCCCAAAACCCAUCAUCUCCUCCUCAAGAAGCUCAUCAUUUGGGCUCUCUACACCAUCAUCCCCUUGGCUCUUCUCCACUUGUACCUCUUCCCUCUCUUUUCUCCCCCUCCCCAACCAAACGCCACUCUCUCGCCCUCCUCCUCCUCCUCCUCCGCCUCUUCCACCACCACCACCACUUUUACCUCCUCCUCCUCCUCCUCCCAAGCAGGAAUAGCUGAGCUGAAGAAGCGGCCGAGCAGGCCCCGGUGCAACUACUCCGAUGGCCAGUGGGUUCGACACUCCGGCGAGCCUCGUUACAGUGGCACCGGCUGCAAGACCAUCAAAGAAGGGCAGAACUGCAUGGCGCAUGGCCGGCCCGACACCGGCUACCUCCACUGGCGGUGGCAGCCGAAGCAGUGCGCGGUCCCAGCCUUCGACCCAGCCGCGUUCCUGCGGCUGAUCGAGAACAGGCAUCUCGCCUUCAUUGGCGAUUCCAUGGCCCGGAACCAGCUGGAGUCCCUCCUCUGCCUCCUCGCCACCGCGGAGGAGCCCGAGCUGGUCUACCGCGAUGGCGAGGACAAUAAGUUCCGGCGGUGGGUCUUCCGCGGCCGCAACGCGACCGUGUCCGUCCUCUGGUCGCCCUUCCUGGUGAAGGGAGUGGAGAAGUCGGAGGCGACGGGGCAGUACCACAACAAUCUGUACCUGGAAUCCGUCAACGAGCGGUGGGCUUCGGAGUUGGAUGGGAUGGACGUGGUGGUCUUCUCGGUGGGGCACUGGUACCUCCACCCGGCAUUCUACCGCGAGAACGGGGUCGUUCUCGGCUGCCACCACUGCCCGGAGUUCAACUACACCGAGAUCGGCUUCUUCGAUGUGUUCCGCAAGGCACUCAACACCACUCUCAGGGAGGUCAGCAGAAGACACGAUUCGUCACCAGGCACUUCCGAGAAGCUCGUGGUGGUGACGACCUUCUCCCCGGCGCACUUCGAGGGGGAAUGGGACAAGGCCGGGGCGUGCCCGAAGAAAGAGCCAUACAAGGAAGGGGAGAAGGAGAUGGAGUACAUGGACGCCGAGAUGAGGAAGAUAGAGGUGGAGGAAGUGGCAGCGGCGGCGGAGAGGGGAGGAGGAAAGGGGCUGAGGUUUGAGGCGUUGGACGUGACCAAGAUGGCACUGAUGAGGCCGGACGGCCACCCGGGGCCAUACAUGCAUCCCAAUCCUUUUGCCAAUGGAGCGCAGGAGAGGAUGCAGAAUGACUGUGUGCACUGGUGCUUGCCGGGCCCAAUUGAUUCAUGGAAUGAGAUACUACUGGAGAUGAUGAGGAGAUGGAAGGGUGAGAGCAAAUGAAGCACUUCCCAUCACUUCCAUUCCAAGUCAGAAUCAUUCUUUCUUCUUGUUUGUUUCUUGAUCUGUUUUUGUUUGAGGCUAAACGAUGAGAAGUUAGCAGAAGUACUGAAAGAGUUGUGCAAGUUAAUGUGGAAGAUGAUACAAAGGGGUGAAUUCAGCUUAGACAGACCCAUUUUUUGUGUGUUUUGUUACUAAAAGCUUGCUUGUUAUGAAUCAAAGAAGAGGAUACUGAGAGAAUUCAUGAACACAUAACAUAUGCUUAGAUCUUACCAGGGAAGAUUUUAGAUUUAAUGCUUUUUCUUUGGUCAAAAGCUGGUAGACUAUGGACAGUUGGAGUGCAAAAAGAUUGUGUUGUUGCUGUCAAUGAGAGAAAUGUGAAUGUCUCUGCUUGGAAAAAGAUCAGAUGAAGACCAGUACUGGUUCAUGGUGUUCCCUUGUUUAGAUUGGUAAAUGGAAAUUGGAGGCCAGUUGGAGCCCCAUCAAGAAGUUUCUUUUGAAGCUCUUAAAGUCCACACCAUGGAUCAUCAAAUAAUAUAUUUGGUGGAACUUUGAGUUUUUAUGUUGGGGGCAGCACUUUUUGAUCAAAUUCUUUGUUGAAACUUAAAUUUGUUCAAGUUGAAAAAGGAUUGGAGUGGAUUUCUUUAUGUA